UAUGGCACGACAGCACUGGUGUGGGCCUGCAGGAAGGGAUACAAGAAGUGCGUGCAAGCCUUGCUGCAGUGUGGAGCGAACGUGGAUACAGCCGGGAUGAAUUCGUGGACCCCUCUGAUCGCUGCCACGAAGGGAAACUACGUGAAUGUAGUCAAGCUUCUGCUGGAGUAUUCACCCAACGUAAACGCCGUAGACAAGGAUGGUCACACUGCCCUGUUCAUCACUGCUAAGGAGGGCUACACCGCGGUGGCUGCUGCUCUCAUCGGUGCGAGUGCUUACAUCAACGUGCCUGACAGGGAUGGGGAGACGCCGUUGCUGAGGGCUGUCAGACAUCGUAACAUCGACAUCGUCAAGAUGCUCCUAGAGAGACAUGCUAAGGUGUCGGCUGUAGACAAGAGAGGAGACACAGUGCUGCACAUUGCCCUGCGUAACCGCCACAAGGCCAUCACAGAGAUGCUGCUGAGGAAUCCCAAGGAUGGUCGGCUGCUCUACCGACCCAACAACGCGGGGGAGACUCCCUACAGCAUUGACGAAGCACACCAGAAGGGCAUCCUCACCCAGAUCUUCGGCGCACGUCGCCUGAACACACCGGAGGACAAUGAGAACAUGCUGGGCUAUGACUUGUAUAGUAUGUGCGUUGUUGGCUGCAGGUUUCUAUUCUCGGACUAUCACCGGCUGACGACGGUGGGAGGAGAGAAAACGCUCGCGCGCACCAUGGGUACGCUGUGUGACGCGCUAGAGGCGGAGUUUGGAGCGCUCACUGUUCGCUUGGUGCGCGUGUUCGGCCGCGAACCUGAUGCGAACGACGGCAGGUGGAAGACUGUGUGCUGCGCCCCCUGCUGGCUCGUUGCACUGACGCUCUAUUGUCUUGCGGUGGCGGGGGCAGCACUGCUGACGUAUGGCGUACAGCGCAGCCCUGCCGUCUACGUUGCGACGAUCACCAUCGGCUGCCUCAUCGCCGCCGCCGCCGUCGCCAACGCCCUCACGUGGUGGCGUCUCGCAGAGUCCGUCGUACACUCACAGAAACGCCGCGUGCUGCAUGCUGCCGAUCGCACAGACACAACCAAGAUGGACG